AUGACAAAUGCAGCAAUGGCAGUUGACUUGAUAAAUGAUGUCUUGUCCAGUGAUUCAUUGACGACGAUGUUGUCAAAUAUGACACAACCGCCAAAUACAACUUCGAAUCCAACAUUUUGUACAUUGACACAAUCACAUUUGAUGGCGGCAUAUAUUGUCAACUUAAUUGCCAGUUGUCUAUCAGUAAUUGGAUCAGCAGCGAUCAUUUUAAACUACUUCCUAUUCCUAAGCCAGACCAAAAGAAAUCAAGUUCUAUAUCGACUAAUUCUAUUCCUAUCAAUUGCCGAUUUCUUUGGUUCACUUUCAAUAUGUAUAUCACAAUCUGUACUCUUGAUGAGUUACAAACAAAGUGGAUCAUUCUGUGUAUUGAUAAGAGCAUCGAUAAAUUAUUUCUUCUUGUCUAGCUUUGUUUGGAUGAGCUGCAUUGCCUUCCAUGCUUAUUGGAGCUCAAGACAAAGGAGUCAAACACCAUUGUUUGUUUUCCAUGUAUUGUCAUGGGGCCUACCAACAGUGAUGACAAUAGCAAUGCUUUGGCAACACGCGAUCGUUCAAGAACAGAAUGCCAACUACUGUCAUCUCGAAGCCAAGUCCAAAUGGAUCUAUUGGUAUGGCCCAUUAAUGUUAACAUUCGUCUGGAACAUUGUAUUAUACGCGAUGAUCCUCUGGAAGUACCGCCACUCUGUUCGUCCAAUGUCACCAGACUACCUGUCAUCCGGUUCCAUCAACACGCAGCACUCAGUGUCGACACACUUUGUUAACGAGCGAAAGAAGAAGAUGCAUGGAAAGGUGGCUCGCCAGCUUGGCAUCUACUUGAUGGCUUUCAUAAUCUGUUGGCUGCCGGACUUGAUCGAUGGAUUCGUUCCAAUCUCUGAGCGAUUCUGUCGCUUCUACUGGCUGUGGCUGGUACAGAACUUCACGACACCACUGCAAGGCUUCCUCAACUUCAUCGUCUAUGGUGUUGCCAGCAGGAUGUUCCUGCGAUGUAAAAGAAAGGAACCACUUGAUCUUCGAUCACUCAAUGAGAAGCGACAACAAAAGAUAAGUAUACUCAGAGGUGUUGUAGAG